AUGAGCGCAGCAACGCAGGAGAUGCCCCUCCGACAGGGCACAACCAUGAGCAGCAUUACGAGUAACGAUGCCGUGCCUGAGAUGGACCCAACUACUACCGCUGGUCUCCUCUCCGAAAGACUACGAGCUUGGAAGCACGCCGUAGCGUACCUCGAAGACUACGUCGGCGCAGUGGAAAAGGUUCAUCACCACCACGCCAAGGAAUAUGAGAAGAUGCUCAAGACUAUCUCCCAACCACUUCGGGAGGGCAGGCACUUCGACCAGGGUCUUGGCGGUGUUGCCGGCUUCUUUGAGAACAUGCGUGUCAAUACCCAGGCGUUGAUCAACUCGAAUGCCGAAACGGGAAAGACUCUGAAGGGAACCGUACUCCCAGUCCUAGAGAGAUUGCACAAAGAAAUUAAGAGCAAGUCUAGUGAGAUCAUGCAUGGUGCUGAGAAGAGUGCGAAGGAGGUCGACAAGUCACGCAACACCACCCAGAAGCAUAUCGAGUUGCUUGGCCAGCACACGGCCGCCUUUGAGUCGACUGGUGGAAAGAUGAACCCGGCCGACGAUCCCUAUGUCAUUCAACGAGGAGUAUUGCACCGUCUGAACAAGCAGGUCAUCGACGAGAACAACCACCGAAAUGACCUGAUCCAAGUCCAAAAUAGCUUUCAGGCCUUCGAAGCCCAUGUUAUUUCGGUGGUACAGCAGGCAAUGGAGGCUCUCAAUGCCGUCGCCGGUGGUCAGGCCGAGAAGACGCGCGCCUUGUAUGCUGAUAUGGUAGGCGCUGCUCAGCGCAUUCCGCCCGACUUCGAGUGGCAGGGCUUCCUUCACCGGGAAGGUGCCAGUCUUGUCAACCCGGAUGAAUCACCGAGGAGUGUGGAUGCUAUUUCAUUCCCCAAUCAGAAUCACAAUGCUACCAAGGCGUUGAUCGAAGGCAGCCUCGAGCGCAAGUCGCGCAACAAGCUUUCUUGGGGAACGCAUAGCGCCUACUACGUCGUCACUCCUUCCAAGUUUCUGCAUGAGUUCAAGGACGACGACAACCUGCACAACGAUCCCAAGCCCGAGCUGUCUAUCUACCUACCUGAUGCUGUCAUUGGGGCGCCCAAUGGCGAGAAGUUCAAUGUCAAGGGCAAAGACAGGAGCAAGGGUAUUGGAGCCAAGCUUUCUGGUUCGUCAGAGCUUUCCUUCAAGGCGCACUCCCCAGCUGAGGCACAGAAAUGGUUCGAAGCCAUCCGAGUCGCUGCAGGCGCUUCCGGACCGGCAUACGAGAGCACGCCUAACUCCCCUAUUGUCUCCAAUGACGCUAGCCCCUCCUUUGAGAAGACGGAGUCUGCUGCCCUGAAGCAGCAAGAAGCUGGUGUCGCUGGAGCAGGCUCAGAGUUGUCUCCUGCAACACGCACAAACACACUAGAGACAACUCCCACAGCUACAUCGACUGGUGCGACUACGGAGCCAAAGACGACUGUGUAG